UGACUCACUCACUCACACUCUCUCAUCACUCUUCUCAAGUAUCAUAUAUUCAUAUCAUCAAAGGAGUAGUAAAUGAAACUCCAUUCUCCCCACCACCCCUAAAACUUAAAUUCUCUCAUUAAACAUUUUCCAAACUUGUAUCUUCCACAUUUUCUCUCUCUUAAAAUCUACACUAAAAGAGAUCCCAAAUGAAAGCAACACAAACACCCCUCAAGAUGUCCAAAGCCAACUUCCCUUGGUCAUCAUCAAGGAAAGUGCAAAAUGAUGAGACUUUGGAUCAUCAAACUAGCCUUAAAACAGAGGAAAACAGGGGAAAACAGGGGAAACCAGAGGAAAACAGGGGAAAACAGGACACUAAUCAUCAACUUAAUGACAUAAUUAGUGAUGAUAAUCACAAGAGUUUAACAAGGAGGAGGAGGAAGUUACAAAGUAUUGCAGUUUCAAGGAUAAGGAAAGGGCAUGUUCAUUUUGUGUUCCAAAGGGAGCAUAACUCAACCCCAGUGUUUUUCAUUGAGUUAGCUACUCAGAUUACUCAUCUUGUUAAAGAAAUGGCUUCGGGUUUGGUUCGGAUCGCGCUCGAGUGUGACAAACAAGAAGAGCAAGAACAAGAACAACAACAACAAGGUGAGAAGAAGAAGAAGAAAGCAAGGAGGAAGAGAUUGUUGGAGGAACAAGUAUGGAGGACAUAUUGUAAUGGGAAGAAAUGUGGUUUUGCUAAUAAAAGAGAGAUUGGGCCUAAUGAGGCUAAGAUUUUGAAGGCUGUUGAGCCCAUUUCAAUGGGGGCUGGUGUUCUUCCUGGGUUUAAUGGGUCUGGGUCGGGUACAGAAGGUGAGCUUAUGUAUAUGAGGGCCCACUUUGAGAGGGUUGUUGGGUCUAGAGAUUCUGAAGCUUUCUAUAUGAUGAAUCCUGAUUUUCAUGGUGCUCCUGAGCUUAGCCUCUACUUGCUUAGAGUCUAAGUGUAUUCGGCUGUAUAAUGAACACUCUUGACAAAUCUUCCGCCUCAGCAACAAAAAGAAUUAUGUGAAAAAGUUGUAUUUUGUAAGUUGUAGUUUCUUCUAAUUAAAUUUGUUAGGUUAUGUUAAGAGCCUGUUAAUAGGGUGGGAAUUAGUAGAAGUACUCUAGUUGACAAGGUGUUUUUUUUGUUUUUUUUUUGGGUAUAAAUUAAAAUUGGAGAAGUGGGUUUUUAUUGUAAUUUGUUAGGUUUUUGGGGGUGGAAUGUAAUGGUAUACUAGCAAAACAAAAAGAAUGGAAUUGGUAUAAUUUGGGCAUGGUGGUCAUAUCAACUCAAUGUAAGAUCUUUCAUGCAAUGCAACUCUCCAAUUGGUAUAUUAAUAAAAUUCUACGUAGUAGAUCUUACUAAAUAA